AUGACAUCACGCAAGCGAAGCCGGAGAGGGUGCGCUGCCGAGGAAUUGGAGUAUGAGGGUACUCCUGAUGUUGUUCCGUCAUCACCAGUUCCUUCCGACCUCGACGUCGAAGAAGUCUCGACACCAGCCAACGGCCUGCUGCCACCUCUCGUACGCACGGCCUCAACCUCCUCCACCCUCCCCCAAACUUUCAACUCCACUAAACCCCCUUCAGCAUCCCACGGCCUCACCCCCUCCGGCAAGCCCAAAAGGAAACCACCACGCCCCUACGCCGCUCCCUCCCUCUACUCCCACCUCCCCCCCUCCAUCCCCGACUCCCUCGCCCCCAACCUCAUCUGCAUCUUCAUCGGCCUAAACCCCGGCGUCGCAACGGCGAAGGCUCAACACGCAUUCGCUGGCCCAACCAAUCUUUACUGGAAGUUAAUGCGGAAGAGUGGGGUUGUUGACGCACAUAUCGGAUUCAAGGAUGACCAGCGGCUUCCGGCUGACUACAGCGUCGGUAUCACGAAUUUGGUGAGGAGGCCGACUGCGGAAGCGAGUGAGCUAAGCAAAGCGGAGUUGGUCGCAAGUGUUCCAUCCCUCGAAGCGAAAAUCGCAACUUCCAAACCUCAGGCAGUCUGUAUCGUCGGAAAAGGCGUAUGGGAAGCAAUCCACCGUCACCACACCAACAAACCCCUUCCCAAAACUUUCACGUUCGGAUGGCAGCCCGACACGACACGUAUGGGUGCAGGUGAGGACGGAUGGAGGGGAGCGAGGGUGUUUGUUGUUCCGAGUACGAGUGGGAGGGUUGCGGGGUAUUCGAUGGAGAUGAAGGAGGGGUUGUGGAUGGAGUUGGGGGGGUGGGUUGUGGAGGAGAGGGGGAGGCGGAGCGGGAGUGGGGAGGGUGUGAAGGUAAAGGCUGUGGACGGCGUGGAUGGUGGUGUGGGUAGAGAGGUGGUCAAGGAGGAGUGUGAGGGAAGGCGAGCUGAUACCAUCGUCUUACGCGAGAGAAGGUCCUCGAUCCCGGGAGUCACUAUCAUCGAACGGGUAGAUGUAUAG